CAAGAUAAACUAGUUAACUGCUGAGAUUUGAAUUAGAUGUGGGGCCAGACAGAUUAGAUUAAGAAUCUAAUUCCUGAUGCCGAGGAUUCGAAACCCUCUUGUGGAACAUUGGAUAGAUCUGGAGCUCCAACUCAAGCGCAGAUCAUUCACUUCCUCUCACCAUCGCCGGCGCCGUCUUCCUUUAGUUUCCUCGUACGUAUGAGGAGGGGUCCCAUUCCUGAUGAUGAUGAUGCUGUUCCGAAGAAGGGGAAGGUUGUCACAACCACCGGGGGGUGGCCGGAACUGCUCCGCUGUACCACGACAAAACCACCGCCUAUCCUUCUGGACGAGCUCAUAGCGGAAAUCCUGCUGAGGAUACCGGCGAGGUCUCUCGUUCCAUUAAGGAACAGCGUCUGCAGAUCAUGGAGAACCCUAAUUUCCAGUUCCCAAUUUGCCAAGGACCACCUUCGGCGUUCAAUGGCGGUGGAUCCAGCCUUGACCCACCCACUCAUGGCCUAUUAUAGCCAAACCUACUCAUACCCCAUAAUCGGAGUGUUCUCCGUACGAUCUGUGAUGGAGAACCCUCCACAUGAACCCACCAAAGUAGUUCCCUAUGAGGGACGACGCUUCCGCCUCAUCAUUGGCUCUUGCAAUGGAUUGCUGUGCUUGCACGAUGAAGAGCGCCAGGAUGGAUUCAUAAUAAGCCAUCGUGCCAUGCUGUGGAACCCCUGCACUGGAUUCACCUCUCAGCCGCUUGAAAUUGGAGGUCUCCUCUCCACUUGCGGAUUCGGUUAUGAUCAUGUGAAUGACAAGUAUAAGCUUUUCGCGAUUCUGGAUAAGAAAUCACGCAUGUUUACAUUCGGCCCAAAAUCUACCUGGAGAACAAUCCAGGAUUUCUCCCGUAAUUUUCGUGACGGCAAUUACAGGGGUUGUCAGGUGAAUCUUGUAGGGCUUUUUGUAAGUGGCACUGGCACUCUGAAUUGGCUUUUUCACCGCUAUCUUAGUUUUGUGUGGGUUCUUUCCCUUGACUUGGUCAAAGAGACUUUUAAUCAGUUUUCCCUUCCCAACAGGGAUUCAGAUGAUGAUCACAGGGUGACUCCCCAAUUGGGUAUCUUGAGGGAUUGUCUUGCUGUUUGUUAUGAGACUAAGAAAACUCAUUGGACUGUCUGGUUGAUGAAGGAGUAUGGAGUUCCUCAGUCUUGGACUAAAUUGGCCAUAAUCCCCCACCACCCGCUACUCGGUCGUCGUCCUUUAAGCCUACAGCCUAUAUACAUGUUGAAAGAUGUUCUUCUUGCUAUUGCUCCGAGUGGCAAGUUUGUUUUAUGUAAUUUAAAUGAUGGCAGCAUAGAUAUUCCUAAUAUUGACAGCUCCACUGAUGGCAUGCCCAAACUUGGUCCUUUAACUCGGAACGUAUCUGCAAGGAAGUUUCAACUCUAUCAUGAAAGCUUAGUUUCACCGUUCCACUUUGGUCUUCCAAGUUGCUCAUCUGAAAUGCGGUUAAUUAAGCCAAGCCUAUAAUCACUUAAAGACGGUUUGCAUUUUGGGUACUUUUUUGGAGAAGGAUUUCCUACACUAUCUCUUGAAUCCAUAACUUUAUUAUCAUUAUGUAGUGCCUUGUUUUUUUGUGUUUUAUAGACUCUGUCUAACUGUCUUUAUGUUUAAAUGUUUUUUAAUUAGGUUCCUUAUGAAUGGAUUCGUUUGCUUUAGUUA